CUAAAAUGACAUUCUCCCUUAACUCAUUCUUCUUCUUCUUCUUCAUUUCCGUUCCGGCUUUCUUUCUCCUAGCCGCCGCCAAGCACCACCGCCACCACUGGGUCGGACCCACCGGCCACCGCCUUAUCAAAGUGGACGUCAACGGCAUCUCCGGCGAGUUCCUCUCCGUCCAAGCCGCCGUGGAUGCAGUCCCCGAUUACAAUACCGUCAACACCCUCAUCCGAAUCAGCCCUGGUUAUUACGUGGAGAAGGUGGUGGUGCCGGCGACGAAGCCGUACAUAACAUUUGAAGGAGGGGGGAAAGAGACGACGGUGAUAGAGUGGCACGACCGAGCAGGUGACCGUGGUCCCAGCGGGCAGCAGCUGCGUACUUACAGAACAGCUUCUGUCACAGUUUUUGCUAAUUACUUCUCUGCCCGAAACAUCAGCUUCAAGAAUACGGCACCGGCGCCAAUGCCCGGAAUGCAAGGGUGGCAGGCGGCGGCGUUUCGUAUUUCCGGUGACAAGGCCUACUUUUCCGGGUGUGGAUUCUACGGCGCACAAGACACCCUCUGUGACGACGCCGGCCGCCAUUACUUCAAAGAAUGCUACAUAGAAGGCUCCAUAGACUUCAUUUUUGGCAACGGGCGUUCCAUGUAUAAGGAUUGCGAGCUGCACUCGAUCGCCACCCGGUUCGGUUCCAUAGCGGCCCAAGAUAGAAACUCGCCUAACGAGAAGACCGGGUUCGCUUUCGUCCGAUGCAAGGUGACCGGUUCUGGACCUAUAUACGUGGGCCGGGCUAUGGGCCAGUACUCCAGAAUCGUCUACGCGUAUACAUACUUUGAUGACGUGGUGGCCCACGGUGGAUGGGAUGACUGGGACCACACCAGCAACAAAAACAAGACUGUAUUUUUUGGAGUAUACAAGUGCUGGGGCCCAGGAGCAAGUAAAGUAAAGGGAGUAUCAUGGGCCAAGGAAUUGGAGUUUGAAGAGGCCCAUCCAUUUCUUGUGAAGAGUUUUGUGAAUGGCAGGCACUGGAUUGCACCCUCUGAUGCGUAGGCAGGCACCUCUGCAAUGCAAUGCUUCAUAUAUCA